GGAAGCAUGGGUCAAGAGACGCAACAAUGCAGAUUUAUUGCCCCCUAACAUGUCUGGAAGUCCUAGUGAUCUAAGGAUUGUUCUGCUGGGUAGGAGUGUCUCUGGGAAGAAUGAUGUUGGAAACAUCAUCCUGAACAUCGAUGCAUUUCGACAUGACUAUGUACUCGACCAAUGUAUAAGAGCCAGUGGGGAAGUGGAGGGAAGACAGAUAACUGUGAUCAACACUCCUGACCUGUUAGACCCUGAUAUCUCACAUGACAAACUCUCAGAGGAACUGAGUUGGAUUAAAACUCUUUCUGAACCUGGACCUCAUGUGUUCCUGUUGGUGCUGCAGCCUGAAGUUUUCAUAGAAGAAGAGAGAAACAGAAUAAGGAAAAUCUUAAAGAACCUCAGUGACCGGUCCUUUGGUUACUCAUUGGUACUGACAACUCGUGAAGUCAGGGGAGGACACAUUCAUGAGAAUGAAGCUCUGAACCUGAUGAUCCAAGAAUGUAGAGGAAAGCAGUGUCUGAUGAACCUCAAUGACCGUAAUCACCUAAUGACAUGUAUUGACCAGAUGGUAAAGGACAACGAAGGAGCGUAUGUUACCUUGGAAGUAUUUGAAGAUACCACAAGUAGCUUGACACAAGACAACAGGGAGAAACAUGUUGGAAAGGACAUUUUGGAACAAAGGGAGUCAACAAAAUUGAACAAGGAGAAAGUUAUACAAACUGGAUUGGCAUCACCUCAGAAAAAAAGGGAGGAACAACCCAGCAGUGGAAACCAAUUGUCUUCACUCAGGAUUGUUCUUUUGGGGAAGAGAGACGAUAAGAAAGUGGUGGGCAACAUGAUUCUACAACAAGAAGCUUUUAAGUCAUCUUGGUCUCAAAUCUUCAGGCAUGAACAGCAAUGUGAUUCAGCCAGUGGAAAAGUAAAUGACAAAUCAGUAACUGUCAUAAAGACUCAGGACCUGUUUUCUAUGUCUGGGGAGUCCAUAAUGAAGGAGAUGGAGAAGUGUAAGAACCUGACAGCCCCUGGACCUCAUGUUCUUCUGCUGGUUUUGAAGUCUGAAGAGUUCACAGAACUGAAACUAAACACUUUGAAGUGGAUCCUGAGUCUGUUUGGUAAAAACGCCUUCAAACACUCAAUGGUGGUCAUUACUCACAAGGUGGAAUCAGAAAAUCCUCAUCUAACCAAAAUGAUCACAGAGUGUGGGGGAAGGUUUUAUAACUUGUAUUCACAAGGAAGUGACCACAGAGAGCUAAUAGGAAAGAUAGAAACAAUGGUGAAGGCGAAUGAUUGUAAGUACCUCACCUACAAUGAAGAGAAGACACAUGAUACCAUAAUACCAAAGGUGCAAAGGUUAAACUUGGUUCUGUGUGGCAGAAGUGGAGCUGGGAAGACUUCUGUAUCCAAUGCCCUCCUGGGUCAAACAGAGUCAAUGUCCUCCUCGGUGUGUUUAAAGAGAGAAGGAGAGAUAUGUGGUCAGCUGGUCACUGUCAUUGAGAUGCCUGCUCUGUAUGGAACACAUCUCACUCAGGAGGAAGUGAUGGAUCAGAGUUUCCGCUGUGUCUCUCUCUGUGAGCCUGGAGUCCAUGUUUUCCUCCUGGUCAUCCCUGGGGGUCCACUCAAUGAUGAAGACAAAAGAGAGAUGGAGACCCUCCAGAACAUUCUGGGCCCACAAGUCAAUGACUUUACCAUGGUUCUGUUCAGACAGGAUUACAUUCCAGUUGAUAAGACAACAGUGGACAUUCUGGAACAAAAUGCAGACAUGAAGCAACUGAUCAAGACGUGCAAAGGCCAGUAUUCAUUGUUUGAUGCUUCAAAGAUUGAGAACAUCCAGAAACAGCUUUUAGAAGAUAUUGUUAAAAUAAAGGAUCGAAACAAAACAUGCUACACUCCAUACAUGUAUGUGAAGGCACAGAACAGAAGAAUCCUAGAUUUGGAGGAAAAAAUCAGCAACGAGUCACAAGGUGCUGAAUCAAAGUGCUCUACUACAGAGGGUUUGAGGGUGGUGCUGAUUGGGAAAACUGGGAAUGGGAAAAGUGCUUCUGGAAACACCAUCCUGGGCCCAAAUAUGUUUGAGUCUAAAAUCAGCUCUGACUCAGUGACAACAGUUUGCAAGAAGGCAGUUGGCAAAGUGGAUGGAAGAACAGUUGCAGUGGUGGACACACCUGGUCUCUAUGACACAACACUGUCUAAUAAAGAUGUACAGGAGGAGAUAGCAAAAUGUAUUUCCCUGUCAGCCCCGGGACCCCAUGUGUUUAUCAUAGUGUUAGGUAUUGGCAGAAUCACAAAAGAGGAGCUGGACACUUUGGACCUCAUAGAGAAAACCUUUGGUCAACAGGCAAGACAGUUCAGCUUAGUUCUGUUUACCGGAGGAGAUAACUUGGUAGACAUAUCGAUUGAUGAUUACAUUAAGAGUAGCACAAAUGCCCAACUGAAAAAACUGAUCAGAGACUGUGGAGACAGGUACCAUGUCUUCAACAACAGAGAUAAACAUGACCACACACAGGUCACUGAGCUUUUCAAGAAGUUUGACAUAAUGGUGUCCAUGAACAAAGGCACUUUCUACACAAAUGAGAUGUUCCAGGAGGCAGAGGCAUCAAUUAAAAAAAAACAGGCUGAAAUACUGAAGCAGAAAGAGUUGGAGAUAAAAGCUGACAUGGAGAAACUGAGGGUCCAGCAUGAAACAGAAAUGAAAAAGAUUAAGUCGAAGUUGGAAGAGGAGAGAAAGAAAGUUCAUGAGGAAAGAGAGAUAAGAGAAAAAAUGUUAAAGGAGAGAGAGGACGCUAUCAGAAAAGAACAUCAAGAAAAGGAGAAAAAAGAGAAGGAACAAAGGAGGCUGGAGGAUGAAAAGAGGAAAGAACAAGAAAUGUUGCAAAGGAAAAUAUUUAGCGAAGAAAAAGAGGAGAUGGAAAAAGAGAUGCAAACUCAAAAAGAAAAGUUGGAAAAACAACAAAGAAAAAAUGAGGAUCUAUAUAGAAUAAUGCUGGAGCAACGAAGACAACAACAGAAGAAUAGAGAAGAAGAAUUGCUUAAAGUACAAGAGAAGCAGCUUGCAGACCUUAAAAGGAAACAGGAAGAAGAAUUGGGAAGGAGAGAGAAAGAAGAGCAGGAGAGGAAGAAGAAAGAAGAGGAACAAAGACAAGAGUGGCAGAGAAAAAUUGAUGCAGCCGAGACAGGUCAAACAGAAAUGCAACAGGUCAUGAUGAGAGAAAAAAAUAAAUGGGAGGAACAGUUGAACAAAGAGAGAGUCAGACAACAGGAUGAAGAAAGACUUAGGAGACAGAAGGAGACUGAAGCUAUUAAACAACAAAAGGAACAACAGAGGAGACAGAGAGAGGAGUUUGAAAAAGAGAGAGACAGCGAUAGAAUCAAGAACAAUGAAUUAGAAAAGCAGAGAAGAGAGAUGGAGCAGAAAGAAAAAGAUAGAAUAGAAAAAGAGUUUGAAGAAAAGAGGAUAGAGUUGACAAAGAAAAUGACCACGAUGCAGGAAGACUGGGAGAGACAACGUGGAGAGGAAUGGGAAAGGAGACAUCAAGAGGAUCUAAAUCGAAGAAAGGAGGAAGAACGAAGACUGAAGGAAGUGGAGGAACAUUUCAGACAAGAACGUGAGGAAGAGAACAUGAGGAGGGAGAAUGAAGAUAAAGUCAGGAGAGAACAAGAACAGAAUAAAUUUGAACGUGAAUCUCUGCGUAUUGACCCCCUUUGA